GAGAGAUCUAGACUUUUCAUCUUUAUCCUCCUCUCGUGCCUCAGAGUAGCCUUCCGGGGUUCUCUUGCUUUUUCCCAGGGCUCUUCGUUGGAGGCCAUGGACCAGCCGGCUGGAGGUCCUGGAAACCCAAGGCCGGAAGAGGGUGCUGAUGGCAGUGUGGAGCUGGGCACCUGCCAGGAGCUUCUGCAGCGCCUGCAGGAGCUGGAGGCAGAGAACUCGGCGCUGGCCCAGGCCAAUGAGAACCAGCGGGAGACAUAUGAGCGCUGCCUGGAUGAGGUUGCAAAUCACGUGGUGCAGGCCCUACUGAAUCAGAAGGACCUGCGGGAGGAGUGCAUCAAGCUGAAGAAGAGGGUGUUUGACCUGGAGCGGCAGAACCAGCUGCUGAGCGGCCUGCUGCAGCAAAGACUCCAGCUGCCCACAGGCUCCCUCCCGCAGAUACCCCUGACCCUGCUGCAGCCGCCGUCCGAACCCCCAGCCUCCCCAGCCCUGAGCUCCGCCGAGGGACCAGCCGCCUCGCUGCCACUGGGACAUUGCACUGGACAGAGAGAGGUGUGCUGGGAGCAGCAGCUGCGGCCUGGCGGCCCAGGGCCCCCCGCCACCCCACCGUCGGCACUGGAUGCCCUGUGCCCGUUCCUGAGGAAGAAAGCCCAGAUUUUGGAGGUGCUGAGAGCCCUGGAAGAGACGGACCCCUUGCUCCUCCGCUCACCUGCCAGUUCCUGGAGGCCUGCAGGCCAGGGCCCUGGCUCCCCCGAGCCCAUCAAUGGCGAGCUGUGCGGCCCACCACAGCCCGAGCCCUCUCCCUGGCCUCCCUAUGUGCUGCUGGGCCCCGGGGGCCUGGGAGGCCUGCUACCCUGGGAGCGCCUCCUGGGGGGCCCAGGGGAGGGAGAGGGCAUAGGGCAGCCCUGGGGCCCCAGCAGGAGUGCCCCCCAAGCCCAGGGCCCUGGCGCCGGCCUGCACUGUGCCCCGGGCAGCAGCUCUUCAUCCUCAUCCGACGAGGCCGGGGAGCCCAACGAGGCGCCUAGCCCAGACACCCUGCUUGGAGCUCUGGCUCGCAAGCAGCUGAACCUGGGCCGGCUGCUGGAGGACACGGAGUCUUAUCUGCAGGCUUUCUUGGCAGGGGCCACGGGCCCACUCAGUGGGGACCACCCCGCUGCCACCGGCGGGCAACAGCCAGCCUCCCCGGACCGGGGACCCUCCCAGCCACCCAGGUCCAAAGGCCUCCCCAAGUCAGCCUGGGGCGGGGUGACCCCUGAGGCCCCCAAGCCGGGUUUUGGUGCUACCUCAGAGAGCCAGGGUUCCCUCCCCUUCUUCAGCAUGUUUGUGGGCGCAGGGGAUGUCCCCCUGGGCUCACAGCCCGGCCACCCCCACUCAUCUCAGGUCAAAAGCAAGCUCCAAAUUGGGCCUCCUUCUCCUGGGGAGACCCAGGCACCCCUUCUUCCCUCUCCGGCCAGAGGCCUCAAGUUCCUAAAGCUGCCCCCGGCCCCAGAGAAGGCACCCAGCCCAGGGGGGCCCCAGCUGAGUCCCCAGCUGCCCCGGAACUCACGCAUCCCCUGCCGUAACAGCGGUUCGGACGGCAGCCCCUCGCCACUGCUGGCUCGCAGGGGCCUGGGGGCAGGAGAGCUGUCCCCAGAGGGAGCACAGGGCCUGCGGACCAACCCCUCAGCCUGCCCCACAGCCCCAGACCCCGCACCGCCCCGACCCCCUCAGCCGGCCGGGCCAGCUGUAUCCCCCUGCUAUGACAACGUCCUGGACCUCUCGCGGAGCACCUUCAGGGGGCCAUCCCCAGAGCUGCCCCCGUCCCCCCUGCAGGUCACUCUGGAGCUGCCCACCUACUCACAGCUCACUCUGGAGGUGCCACAGGCUUCUGAGGGUCUCCGGAGCCCUGGGGUGCCCUCCAGCCCCGGCCUCCCAGAGCCCUGCCCCUACGGGAGCCCCCAGGAGAAAAGUUUGGACAAGGCUGGCUUGGAGUCCCCUCACCCUGGCCGCAGGACCCCAGGUGGCUCGGCCAGGAAGCCUGGUCAGGGUUCAGGACGCCGACCUGGAGAUGCCGGAUAUCCGCCUCUGCGGGACAGACUGGCGGCCCUGGGGAAGCUGAAGACAGGGACCGAAGUGCCCCUGGGCCCCGAGAAGAACGGGGCAAUUCGGCCUGGCGCCGAGAAGGCCCGGGGACCAGGGCGGACAGGGGAGACUGCGGGAGACACGGUGCCCUCCCGGCCUUCUGAACAGCCAGAAGCUAAGGUGGCUGCACGAGGGGCAGUGGCCUUGGGCACGAAUAGCCUGAAACAGCCGGAGGCUGAUCCUGGAGCCCGUGUCUACUGCUCAUAUUCCAUGGGCGCCCGGGUGGACUUGGAGCCUGUCUCACCCAGGAGCUGCCUCACCAAAGUGGAGCUGGCCAAGAACCGGCUGGCAGGGGCCCUGUGCCCCCAGGCACCCCGCCCCCCUGCCAAAGUGCCCGCCUCGGUGCCCAGCCUAGGCAAGCCCAGCAAGAGCCCGCACAGCAGCCCCACAAAGCUGCCCUCCAAGUCCCCCACCAAGGUGCUGCCACGGCCCGGGACUUCCCCAGUCAGCAAGGAGCCCCCCAAGCCCGACAAGGGGAAGGCUGUGCCGUGGGCAGAUGGGGGAGGCACAGCCCCAGCGCCUGGCCCUGCCACGGAUCCAAGCCAGGGCCCUGAGGGGUCGGUGCCCCACUCGGCCAUCGAGGAGAAGGUGAUGAAGGGCAUUGAGGAGAACGUGCUGCGUCUGCAGGGCCAGGAGCGCGCCCCGGCCCCCGAGGCCAAGCACCGCAACGCCAGCAGCAUCGCCAGCUGGUUCGGCCUCAAGAAGAGCAAGCUGCCGGCCCUGAACCGCCGUGCGGAAGGCGCCAAGGGCAAGGACGGAGCCAGCGGGAGCUCCCCGGUGCGCAAGGAGGUCAAGGUAGAAACACGCAAGCUCGAGGCCGAGAGCCUCAACAUCUCCAAGCUGAUGGCGAAGGCGGAGGACCUGCGCCGGGCACUGGAGGAGGAGAGGGCCUACCUCAGCAGCAGGGCCCGCCCGCGGCCUGGGGGGCCUGGGCCAGGCCUGGGGCAGGUGCAGGGCCAUCUGGCUGGCAUGUACCAGGGCGCAGACACCUUCAUGCAGCAGCUGCUCAACAGGGUGGAUGGCAAGGAGCUGCCACCUAAAGCCUGGCGGGAGCCUACACCCGAGUACCAAGAUUUCCAGCCAAUGUCUUCCAACCCCAAGAGCCCUUGGCCAGCCUGCGGGCCCCGAAACGGCCUGGUGGGCCCUCUUCAGGGCUGUGGGAAGCCUCCUGGGAAGCCCAACAGUGAGCCAGUGCGGCGGGAAGAGAUGCCCUCUGAAGACAGCCUGGCCGAGCCGGUGCCCACCUCACACUUCACAGUCUGCAGCUCCUUGACCCGAACUUUGGACAGUGGCAUCGGGACCUUCCCACCCCCGGACCACGGCAGCUGUGGGACACCCAGCAAGAACCUCCCCAAAACCAAGCCGCUUCGGCUGGAGCCUCCUGCUGGGGUGUCCCCAGCCCGGCCCCCACCCCUCACCAAAGUCCCCCGGCGCGCCCACACGCUAGAGCGGGAGGUGCCAGGCAUAGAGGAGCUCCUGGUGAGCGGGCGGCACCCCAGCCUGCCAGCCUUCCCUGCACUGCUGCCUGCCACCCCAAGCCACCGUGGCCAUCAGACGUGUCCAGAUGACACCUGCGAAGACCCAGGCCCUCCCCCUCCCAUGCAACUGGCCAAGAACUGGACCUUCCCCAACACACGGGCAGCCAGCAGCUCCUCGGACCCCUUCCUGUGCCCACCCCGACAGCUAGAGGGGCUGCCCAGGACCCCCCUGGCCCUGCCCGUGGAGCGGAAGCGGAGCCUGGAGCCCAGCCGCUCAUCCCCUCCACCACAAGGCCCGGCCUUUGGGGGCAGCCGCACCCCCAGCACAUCGGACAUGGGCGAGGAAGGCAGAGCGGCCAGCGGGGGCCCCACGGGCCUGGAGACCUCGGAGUCCCUCAGCGACUCUCUGUAUGACUCACUGUCCUCCUGUGGGAGUCAGGGCUGAGAGCCGCCCCGGCACUGUCCAUGCUGCCCUCUCAAAAGAGGCAAGGUGACGGGGUCUCCCCGG